AUGUCGCCGCAACCCACCAAAACCGCCAAACCGCCCCCGAAAACCGUCGCAGAUUUCACCGUCCUCCCCCUCACCCUCCCCCCGCUCCCAGGCCUCCCCGACCAAUGCUCUGUCGCAAAACACUACAUAUACAUCAAACCGCACACGCCCUCCGUCCCAACCGCCUCCUCAGACCGCAGCCUCUUCAUCGCCAACCUCCCGCCCGACGCCUCCGAAAACUCACUCCGCACGCUCUUCUCUUCGCAACUCGGCGGCUCAAUGAUCGAGCGCGUAGACUUUGACGCCUCUGUGCCUGCGGAGCCGUUGCACAAGCGGUGGAAGAGCGAGGCGGGCGGCACGGCUGCUAUGCAGGGAAAGAAGAGGAAAAGGGGGGUGGAUGAUAAAGAGAUUGUAGCGGAGGGUGUGGUGGAGGAUGCCGAGAGUGCGUUACCCCCGCUUUGGAGCAGUGGGAUACGCAGGAGUGGGAGUGCGGGGGUUGUGGUGUUUGUGGAUGGGAAGAGUGCGAGGGGGGCGGUGAGGGGGGUGCAGAGGGUGGUUAAGGAGGGGGUGGAGGUGGUGUGGAGGGGGGAGGAGGGGGUGGGGGUUGACCGUUACAAGGCGCAUAAUAAUCUCAUGUACCCACCGCCUUCCUCGCUUCAAGCUAGCCUUAAUGCAUAUCUAUCCCAAUUCAACGCCCUGGAAACGAUGCGCAAUCGACUUCGCAAGACGGCCCGCUCGGUACCGGAUGAAGAUGGCUUCGUGGCUGUUGUCCGUGGCGGACGUGUGGGACCUGCGCGCUUAGAGGAGGCGGAGAAGAAGAAGGCGGAGCUGGAUGAGCGCAAGAGGAAUCAUCGGGCUACGGAUGACUUUUACCGGUUCCAGAAUCGUGAGAGGAGGAAGAAGGCGGAGGGCGAGUUGAAGAGACGGUUUGAGGAGGAUCGGAAGAGGGUCGAGGGUAUGAGGGAGAGGAGGGGGAAGGUUAGGCCCGAGGCGUGA